AUGGCGCCGCUUCGCUCGGUUCACUACCGCCGGCGCAUGGCGAAAUUAGUGCGUAUCGGCCUGUACACGCUUCUCUUCCUCAUGGGCUACUUUGUCCCGCUUAUAAUUUUUUAUAAUCGCUCGGGCACAGACACCUUCGUGGAUACCUCUCGUCCAGGUGAGGCAGUUAUUAGUGACGAGAAUUUUUUCCACUGCGUCGCGGAGCGUCUCUCAUAUAAGGAAGAACACCCAGCCCGAAUUCCGUACGUGCUGAUACCGGUGACGAUGGAUUACCAGGACAUCAAGCAACUCUUCUGCAACACUACAGCCCCCAUGACUUACAUCACGUUUAUCAACAACGGCAUGUUCCUCCCACUGCGCUCGCUUCUCGACCGCCUUGCCGUGGAACUGGGGCACUACGUCGACAAGAAUCUCUUUAUCAUUCACCACCCAGAAAACAUCGGCUACGCGGCCGCUGUGAACGAGGGCCUGCGUCACGCCCUCAGCUUUUCCGUUGCCCAGGUGCCGUGGGUCUUCAUCACCAAUGCCGACGUCCGCUUUGCGCCGGGGCUCAUCGCCGAGUUUGUCGCGCAGACAAAGGAAAAGACAGAAGGUCAGCUGGAGCGCAUUCGCAGUCUCGACCUAGAGGUCAUUGCCGAAGCCAGGACGCUCGAAAACGUGCCAGACCCGCGGUUCGCUUUCCACAGCAACAGCUACCCCAUCAUCACGGCAUCUUCUUUGCCGUAUCGUAUUCGGACUAUGCCCCCACAAGAGAUGAAGAAGCAGUUUGCCGACACGUACGGCAUCUUUUACACAGACUACAAGGAGUUCAUGGCCACAUUUGCGCUGUCCCGACUCGCCAUUGCGACCGUAGGGUUCUUUGACGAGAACUACUACCCAGCCUACGGCGAAGAUCACGACUACCUGUGGCGCAUGGCGGCUCUAGGCUACAAGAAGUACUUCUCCGAGCGGGGAAAGUAUGUGCACUAUGAAAACGCGAACCUCAAAGUCGAUGAGGCGGCCAGGAACCGUGGCAUCUUCAAGAGCACUGUCUACUUCAUCCAGAGCAUGAAGUUUGGACGUAUGAACCAUCAACCAUUUCGCCUGCAAUAUCGCCGUGCCAAGUGGUUCCCUGAUAGUGUCACACUCUAUCCAGAAAUCGGGAACAAACCGCUACCCUUUAACGGAACCAUUCCUGUCGACAUGUGGGUACUCGACACGGAAAGGCGAAGAUUCAUCUGGGAAGUCGGCGAGAAUAUUCGCUGUCAUUACGACUACAAGCCGUACAACAUGAAGCUACUGGACUUUGCUGUUCGCUCCCGUUAA